CUACACAUCUGUUGUCGUGAGCGCGACAGUCUGCUGCUCCGUCGUCUAACUCGCUGCACUGUCAGGAUUUGUUCAGCUUGCGUAGUCCCAUAUUGGCAGCGUGCUUGUCCCUGUCCUCAGUUUGCCAUACACCUGGACGAUGAGCCACCAGUUUGCGACGCUCACCGCAGAGCAGAGGAAGGAGCUUCAUGAAAUCACGCUCCGCAUUGUGGCCCCGGGAAAAGGCAUUCUGGCAGCGGAUGAGUCUGUGGGCAGUAUGGGAAAGCGGCUGAACCAGAUAGGAGUGGAGAACACGGAGGAGAACCGUCGGCUCUACCGGCAGGUUCUCUUCACCGCUGACGAUCGCAUCAAUAGCUGCAUUGGCGGAGUCAUUUUCUUCCAUGAAACGCUGUACCAGAACUCCGACGACGGUGUUCCUUUUGUUAAACUGAUCAAAGACAAAGGGAUAACAGUCGGAAUCAAGGUUGACAAAGGAGUGGUUCCAUUGCCGGGCACUAAUGGCGAGACUACUACACAAGGGCUGGACGGUCUGUCUGAGCGAUGUGCUCAGUAUAAAAAGGACGGAGCAGAUUUCGCAAAGUGGCGCUGCGUGAUGAAGAUUAGCGACACCACCCCCUCUCAGCUGUGCAUUACAGAGAAUGCUAAUGUCCUCGCCCGCUAUGCUACCAUCUGCCAGCAGCAUGGGAUUGUACCUAUUGUGGAACCUGAAAUCCUGCCGGAUGGAGACCACGAUCUGAAACGCUGCCAGUUUGUUACAGAGAGGGUGCUCACAGCAGUGUACAGGUCCAUGUUUGAGCACCACGUGUAUCUGGAGGGCACGCUACUUAAACCCAACAUGGUGACCCCAGGACAUGGCUGCCUCACCAAAUACAGCGCUGAAGAGGUCGCCAUGGCGACUGUCACUGCCCUGCGUCGCACUGUCCCUCCUGCUGUCACAGGAGUGACAUUCCUCUCUGGCGGACAAAGUGAAGAAGAGGCGUCCAUGAACUUAAACGCCAUCAACAACUGCCCCCUGGGGAAGCCCUGGUCCCUCACCUUCUCCUUUGGUCGAGCACUGCAGGCGUCUGCCCUGAAGACCUGGCGUGGCCAGAGAGAGAACCAGACAGCUGCCACUGGGGAGUUCAUCAAACGCGCAGAGAUUAACAGCUUGGCAUCCCAGGGGAAGUACUGCGGGGAUGAGGAGAGUGCUGGAGCUACUGGACUCUCUCAUUACCUCUCCAGCUAUGCCUACUGACACGCCCCCAGAAUCCAGCACGGCCUCAGAGCCGAUACCACUGCCACAGUCUGUCACUGCCGUAGAUAUGAAAUAGAAAACAGGUAUAUAUCUGCUCCUUCGACCCGUACCUCCACCUCAGUUCAUCACGGACGGUUCAGAACAGGUUUCCAACGAAUCCCUUUAAAAUCGCCUGGAAUGAUUAUAGAGUUGUUAGCCAGUGAAACUGAAUAUUGUAAUGUUUUCCCUCCAGUGAUGAAUAGAUUAAUGGAUGAAUGAAUAAACAAACAAACAGACAGCAGCUUGAUGACCAACUUAAGAAAAAAUAUACAUUUGUAAUUUGUCCAUCCAAUGAUGGAAUUAAUAUCAUAUAGAUAACAAAUAAAAUUAAUGUGUUAUAAUAUGUGUUUUACAUACAAACUGUUUCUUAUUAGAAGUCUUUGGAAGAUUUAGGAGGAUCUAUCUUGUGUUUCUCUUGUGUGAUUCAUCCUUUAUCACUGCAGUGUUUUACGGAAACCUGUGACCUUUGACCUGAACAUAGCCUACUCACACUACGUUACAGUAGCUGGUAACUGUGUACUUUUGGUAAGUGUCGUUGGUGUUCAGAAUGGCGAAACGGAGCACUUAAUGUAAAACCUAUAACAUAAUAAAUUGUGAAAAUAAUGUGACUCCUUUACUCAACUUUUAUCAAA